AUGACCAACAACAUGAAAGAUCCAGAUACCAUCACUCGCGAUGCAGAAAGCAGCUCAAGCCCUCAGCUCUUAGUGAAAGAAAAAGACGAGGAGAUUGUACCCGUCUCUGAGCAAUUGGAUGACCCAAAUGACCCGACUAAAUUUUGGAACCAUUAUAAUUGUUCCUGGCAUACCUCUUAUUCUUUCAGAGUCAACGUAUCUGGGAGCCUAUAUCAACCUUUAAUAGUUUCCAUCUGGGAACUCGGUGAAGGUGUCGGGUUCUUUGUGGUUGGGCCUUUAUCAGAAAGAUAUGGUCGGAACAUCGUCUACCAUGUCGGAAAUGUCCUCUUCAUUCUCUGCUCUGUUGCGUCAGCUCUGAGUGUCAAUGUCUCCAUGCUGGUGGCCUUCCGUUUUAUCAAUGGUAUGGCAGUCACCGUUCUCACUCUUUCGCCGAGUAUCAUUGAAGAACUCUUUUCCGUGAAGAACGAGGGAAAGCAGUCUCAGGGGAGUCAAAACUCUGAACCGCAUAGUCCUUCUGCUCAGGAAAUUCUUCACGAUAGACCAUCACAAGAGACGAAGCUUCAAAGCUUUCUGCGCCCAGUGCGCUUACUCUUCUCUUCGCCAGUUGUUCUUGUGACCUCGGCUUUUUACAUCACUCGUUUACGGUUUCUCUUAUCUUAUCUUGACUUUCUGGCGGAGAUCAUGGAGGAGACAUACGGAUUCAUCUCAGGAUCUGCAGGAUUAACCUUUCUCGGUCGAGCCAUUGGUAACCUCAUUGGUCUAGGCUUGUACGGCCUUACCUCUGAUCGCUAUCUUGAAUAUCGGCGACAGAAAGUUGGUGAUUCGAUCCCUGAAGACCGUCUACCAUUAAUGGUUCUAGGGACCGCUUUAUUACCCGUUGGCCUCUUUCUCUACGGCUGGACAUCACAUUUCCAUGUCCAGUGGAGUGUACCUCUGAUUGGAACCGGCAUUGUGGGAUUCAGCAUGCUGUUGACGAAACUGCCAACAGAUAAUUAUCUCGUGGAUGCAUUUGCACCACAGGGAACAUCUGCAUCAAUAUUAUCUGCAGAUGCCACGUUGAAAGCCUUGUUUGGAGCGGUUUCCCCGUUGCUUGGUCCGUCUUUAUACAGGAAUUUGGGCCUUGGAUGGGGCAACUCACUCUUGGCCUUUAUUGAGUUGGCGUUUCUACCUCUGUUCAUCAUAUUGUGGCGGGAGGGUCAGGAGUUGAGAAGGCAAGGAUGGAGCUAUUUGAAGAUCAUGAUGAAACGAAGAUAA